AUGAACGGCUACGGGUCCCCCUACCUGUACAUGGGCGGCCCGGUGUCACAGCCGCCGCGGGCGCCCUUGCAGCGCACGCCCAAGUGCGCGCGCUGCCGCAACCACGGCGUGCUGUCCUGGCUCAAGGGCCACAAGCGCUACUGCCGCUUCAAGGACUGCACCUGCGAGAAGUGCAUCCUCAUCAUCGAGCGGCAGCGGGUCAUGGCCGCGCAGGUGGCGCUGCGCCGGCAGCAGGCCAACGAGAGCCUCGAGAGCCUCAUCCCGGACUCGCUGCGCGCCCUGCCCGCGCCGCCGCCGCGGCCCGCCGUGGAGUUGGCUGCGGCCGCCGCGCUGCGCUGGGCCGCCGAGCCCCAGCCCGGGCCGCUGCAGGCGCCGCUCGCCAAGCCAGAUUUGACGGAAGAACGGCUGGGGGACAGCGGCUCAGCCGACAACACGGAGAGCUUCAGCGACAAAGACGCCGACCAGAGGAGCUCCCCGGAUGUGGCCAAAAGUAAGGGCUGCUUCACCCGCGAGAGCCCCGAGAUCGUGUCGGUGGACGAAGGGGGCUACGCGGUCCAGAAAAACGGAGGCAACCCGGAGAGCCGCCCCGACAGCCCCAAGUACCACGCGGAGCAGAACCACCUGCUGAUCGAGGGCCCCUCGGGGACGGUGUCCCUGCCCUUCAGCUUGAAAGCCAACAGGCCGCCCCUGGAAGUGUUGAAGAAAAUAUUCCCCAACCAGAAGCCCACGGUGCUGGAGCUCAUCCUGAAGGGCUGCGGCGGGGACCUGGUGAGCGCCGUGGAGGUCCUGCUGUCUAGCCGCUCCUCGGGGUGCGCGGCGGCCGACCGAACUGCGGCCGAGCCCGAGGGGCUGGUGCUGCCCCCCAACGGGCACAUCUUUGAACACAGCCUGAGCACCUACCCCCUCUCCUCCUCCAAGUGGUCCGUGGGCUCGGCCUUCAGGGUCCCGGACACGCUGAGGUUUUCCGCCGACUCUAGUAACGUUGUCCCCACCCCCCUGGCCGUGCCCCUGCAGCAUCCCUUCCCGCAGCCGCCCCGGUACCCGCUGAUGCUGAGGAAUACUUUGGCAAGGAACCAGUCGAGCCCCUUUUUGCCCAACGACGUCACCCUGUGGAACACCAUGACCCUGCAGCAGCAGUACCAGCUGAGGUCCCAGUACGUGGGCCCCUUCCCCACUAACUCGGCCGGCGUCUUCCGAAGCUCGCCUGUCCUCCCCGCGCGCGCCCCCGAGGACCCCCGCCUCUCCAUCCCCGACGACGGCUGUCCCAUGGUGGCGAAGCAGUCCAUUUACACCGAGGAGGACUAUGACGAGAGGUCCGACUCCUCAGACUCUAGAAUACUCAACACAUCCUCUUAA